CGGAGUACACCUAACAAACACGAGACAAAUCAUCGCUACUACACCAGUUUUGAUAGGAAUUCAACAUCUCCAGCCUCUACAUGUUCAACGAACCCCAAAAGAAGCCCUGUGGCCCCUGCGAGGUGUUGCAGUCCAGUCCAUUGAUUGACUGUGUAACCUUGUUUCUCCAUCUCCUUCUCAUUGGUUCAAAAUCCAACAUUUACCUUGGCAUUUUCCCUAUUCCUCUAUCGCUCGCACUCGCUCUUGUAUUUUCCCGUUUCCCUCAGGUAGCACUUUAAGUCUGUGCCUCGGGCUCUGCCUUUUCCUCAACCCCCCAAAAUGUUUCUGCUUCUUUUGGUUCUU